UUGAUCUUCAUCUUCCCUCCAGAAAAGUUCGUCUCUCUAGUCUCUCCUUCUCCACAAUGAAUCUCCAAAAACAUUCUCUAGCUGCAAUUUUAUCUGUCAUUUUGGCUGCUCUCAUAUCUACACAACUUAUAAUUCCUAAUGAAACUAGCCUAAAUUAUCUCACAAAUAUAGGCUUCAAAACAUUCUCAACAACAUCACCUAUCCUUUCCUUGUUCAUCCCAAACAAAAUUUACAAAAACCACCACCACCAUAAUCACCAGUGCCACCGUACCAAGAAAAAAACUGGCAUCUCAAUUUGCAACAACUUCACGCCAAAGUUCCCUACUAUAGAUACUACAACCACUUCAAUUCUUUGUGUCGACGGCAACGGGUGUUGUAAUUUUACAACUGUGCAGUCAGCUGUUGACGCUGUUGAAGUCUCAAGCCCAAAGCGAACAAUAAUAUGGAUCAACACAGGAGUUUAUUUUGAGAAGGUUACGGUUCCAAAGACCAAAGCAAACGUCACGUUUCAAGGACAAGGAUUUGAAUCAACGGCAAUUGUUUAUAAUGACAAUGCCAACACUUCACAUGGUACCUUUUAUAGUGGUUCCGUUCAAGUUUUUGCACCCAACUUCAUUGCCAAGAAUCUAAGUUUCAUGAACGUAGCACCGAUACCAGGACCUGGUAUAGUUGGAGCCCAAGCAGUGGCAAUCAGAAUUGCGGGAGAUGAAGCUGCAUUCUGGGGGUGUGGGUUCUUUGGAGCUCAAGAUACGCUUCACGAUGAUAGGGGAAGACACUACUUCAAGGAUUGUUAUAUCCAAGGAUCCAUUGAUUUCGUUUUCGGCAAUGGAAGGUCAAUUUAUGAGAACUGUAAGUUAAUCUCAAUGGCAAAUCCAGUACCAGUAGGAUCGAAGAAUGUAAAUGGGGCUAUUACAGCACAUGGUAGGGCUUCCAAUGAUGAAAAUUCAGGAUUCGCAUUUGUUAAUUGCUUUGUUGGAGGAACAGGAAGGGUGUGGCUAGGCAGGGCUUGGAGACCUUUCUCCAGGGUCAUUUUUGCUUACACAACAAUGACUUCGAUCAUUGCCCCAGAAGGCUGGAAUGAUCUCAAUGACCCUACAAGAGAUCAGACCAUCUUUUAUGGAGAGUAUAAAUGCACAGGUGAAGGAGCCAAUACAACACUGAGGACCUCUUAUUCACAGAACCUUAAUGACACCCAAGCUUCAUCAUUCAUAAACAUGUCUUUCAUUGAUGCAGAUCAGUGGUUACAACCAUUUGCCUAGGCCAACUACAAAAUAGAUAAUUUGGCGUUAAGGAAUUGCAAUGCUAUUCAGACAGAGGCUACAUAUAUAUGCUUUGAAAGAUAGCCAGAACAAGUAAAACAAAGCUAAUGGUGUUCAUUUUAUAUUUGAAAAUGAAGUUUAAUAGAUCUUGGGAUCUUUUGUUCUCCUGCUUUUGUUUGGGAGAUUUAUUAUGCAGAAAUGUUCGUUUAGAGCCAUUUUCGUUGGGCUUUUGUUUGGAUACCGAUUCCAACUCGCUAUAAGCCCAUGCUAGUCUACAAGCUGAGGGAUCCCAUUGACUUAUAAAAUACUCAAUUAAGCCCCA